CGUGGUGUUGCUUUGUUUCAUUUUGACCUUCUGACUGCUCCUAAACCAAUCUAAAAUCAGCUUUAGCGUCCAUCACAAAGAGAAGAGUCCAGAGUGUCGUAAGCAAGGAGAGACAGUGACAGCCAGCACGCGGCUGGAUCACAUGCAGACAAUCAGGACUCGGCCGGCUCUGCUUAGGUAGAGAUCGCGGCGAGGAGGUGUUUUUUUUUAUUUUUUUUCCAUCUCUCUCUUGCCGCGGCAUACAGCGAUCUGUAAACAUGGAGCCUCUGGAGGAAUACCACUCUCCGUUUGACUUUGAACAGGGAGUCAAUUCCAGUUACCUCUACCUCUCCCCAGCUUACAGCGACACGCCGCCCAGUUCGCCAGCUGUCAGAUCCAGAGGUUUCCAGGAGCAACCAGACUCUGUAGCAGAGAUGGGAGAGGAUGCAGUGACAUCUGUCGGUCCAUCUCCUCUUCCCCCCGUCAUGACGGAGGAAGAGCGUCAGGAGCUGCAGGAGGAGUUGGCUAAGGUUGAAGACGAGAUCCAGACGCUGUCCCAGGUGUUAGCAGCCAAAGAGAGGCAGCUUGCGGACAUUAAGAGGAAACUGGGCAUCACACCUUUAAAUGAGCUGAAACAGAACAUCACCAAAACCUGGCAGGAAGUCACUACUUCCACAGCCUAUCGGAGGACAUCUGAAACUCUGUCUCAGGCCAGUCUGAAAGCCACAGCAGCCUUCUCCAACAUGGGCUCCGCCAUUAGCAAGAAGCUUGAGGAUGUCAGGAACGCACCAACUUUCAAGUCAUUCGAGGAGAAAGUAGAGACUCUGAAGACCAAGAUCACCCCCACAGGACCCACCGGUGCUCCCACUAACCAGGAUGGCAGCAUCCCUGAAACCACCGAGUCUUUGAUCAGCGAGGAGGACCCUCCCACCCAGGACGCCCCCAUGCAAUGAGACUAGCCUCAGCCUUUCUUCCUCGUUUUCACCCCCUAACCUCUUAGCCCUCACUUCUGUCCAGUUUAACCCUGCCAGUCUCUCUUUAUUGGAAACAACCCCCCCAUCGACUCUCUUGCUGUCCUCUCCCGACACGUGCGCUCAGUCGCUGAGUUGUUUGGAAACUAAAGCCAUUAGAUGGGUUCAGGUUCUCAUGUCUUUUGGUGUAUUUAGUUGGUUCAGGCUCACCGUGAGAGAAAUCCUCCUUUUCUUUUCAUGUUGCACUCCUUUUUUUUCUUUGCCUUUUUUUUUCUAACCAGAAAAGCUUGAAUGCCAAACAUGCUCCAGUGUAUCUUAGUUUCUUUAUAGAGUUCACACUCGAGUGUAGAAAUCUGCUCAGUGAGAUCAAUUGUAGUGUACUAAAGAAGUUGAUUACAGAGUUGUAUUAAAUGUCGGAGUUAUUGUUAUUAAAUCUGGGUGCUUUUUGUUUGUUUUUGCCAGAUAAAUGUAACCUGAUGCUCGAGCGAUGAAUAUUAAUAUUUUUGUGUCUUAAGUAGCGCUCGGGUGGCUCAGCUUUCCAGGUUUGUUACACUGUGUCAUAAAUAUGACUUCUGACUGCCCAUUCCAGAUUCAGACCUUCCCCCUUUUAUUGUAGAGAACCUGUCAGAACCCCCCCCCCCCCCCCCCCCCCCCCCUCCAUGCUCGGAAAGCUGCAGGAAAACGGCCAACAUCAGCAGAGCAGCUCCGAGCAAACACGCCGUCAAGGUCCAGCCUUGACCUGAGGUGACAGAGAAAUAAAUGUAGCCUCCACAGCCAGCCAGAGUCAAUAUUUAAACACUAGUGCAUUGUUUCUGCAGGAGCGGCAACACCCAACCUACCCACGCUGUGUAGUAUACAGCACUGCCUGUAGUGAUUCCCUCAUGUUUUUUUGUUUUGUUUUUUUUUUAUAGUGGGGGGAAAAAAACAAUCUUUAUUGAUUGAUCGCACGUAAACUGCAGGGUCUCAUAGAGUAUUUGUAGAAAAGGCUUCUUAUGCAUUCAUCACAUCACACGACUCUCUACGCCGUUAGUUUGAGUUUGCUUUACAGCCUAAUGCUGCUUCAUAUCGAUUAUAUGCUGAAAGCAAUAAAGCUCUAAAUUAUUUGACUUCAAACUGUGCUAAUGGUCAGUAAAACCCAAACGGAGCCGAUUUGAACACAGACGUAAACUGAGCUAAAGUUGAACUAAAUGAAUGACACAAACACUUCUGCUGGGUGCAGCAGCUUCCAGCUGGUGCAAGUCUCCCCCUGCUGGCGGAUAAGAGGUAUUGCACGAAUGUAAACGUAAAUCGACUCCCACUCUCAGUAUAAAACACAGGUGAUGCCUCUUGCUGUAUACAAACUGGAUCAGAAGGAAGAAAAAUAGUGUCAACUUGUUUUCUUUGAUUGUUAUCAAUAAAAACUCAUGUUUUCACUGAA